AUGGCUGAAGGAAUCCGCAAAAUUGUUCCGGAAGUAGCCAAGGAAUCUAUGGUAGCCGUAACGGACUUUACAUCAUCCAUCCAAAGUCUGUUGAAGGAACUUCGUCAAGAUCUAAUGGAAUUGAAACAUUACCAAAGUACAUUUGCCAAUCAAAUCUCGAGUCUGAAGAACCAAGCGGAACACACACGUAAUACUAUAGAAACAAAUACUACAAACGUCGAAGAACUUCUCAAAACCAGCACUAUUUUUGAGGAGAGUUUUUCUGCAGUCACUCGCAAAUUAAAUCACCUCGAGCAGAUGAACAUCGACCGCGACAUAAUCAUCUCCAAUGUGCAACCUAUCAUCGGCCCGGAGAACACCGUGAACGUCGUCAAGGAACUCGCUGAGAGAUACCAUCUGCCGCUUGAUGCUGAGAGCAUCUCACUCUGUACCCGGAUGAAAGGGAAAAACUCCAACGGAAUCGCUCCGAUACUGGUCCGUUUUAAUGAUGCAACUAUGAAGGAAAGUUUCAUCAGCGCCUCACGGAAAACUAAAAUCUUCAACAAACCGAACAUUCUCACUCCUCAUCACUCUCAAGCACUCACUACUCAUAACAUAGUCUACUACUCAACGACUAGAAAAUCCCAAACCAAAACAAAAUCUUCCAAAACACCCUCUUCCCCUUUCCUCCCCACGCUACCUUCCCAAAACCCGAAUGCUACUGCUUUUGCCGUUGUUGUUGCUGCUGCUGUUGCUGUCAAUUCAUCAACCUCUCGCUAUAGCGACAACAGCGAUGUAAAAUUCUUCAGACAAAACAGUUCUAUUCAGGAAUCGGCUAUCUGUCGCAGCUUAGUAACCGAAAAUUACCACUUAAUUUGUCAAAAAGUGCUUGAACAACGGAAUUCCAAAUCGCCUUACGUCAUACAAUCAUUGCUUACAAUAUUACCCCGUUUGGCGGCCUUCAAUAGAACUGAAUUCGUGAACAAUCAUUUGAAAACUGUUGUUAACUACUUGAUACUAACACUGAAAAGCAAAGAACGAGAACGAAACAUUGCAUUUAUCGUUCUCGGCUACAUUGCUGUCGCAGUUGAAAAGGAAAUUGAACGUUACAUCAAACGCAUAAUGGAAGUCGUUACUGCAGCCCUGCCUCCGAAAGAUACGCCAAGUAAGAAGAAAAUUUCUGUAGAUUCAUCAGUGUUUAUGUGUGUUACUUUGCUUGGUCAUGCACUCAAGAGCUCCAUUACAUCGGAUGUUAAAAACAUUCUGGCGUCCAUGCUGUCAACUGGAUUAAGUACUGGUUUAACUGUAUGUUUACACGAGCUGUGUGAAAAUGUUCCACAAGUUCGACAAGAAAUUACCAGCGGUCUUUUGAAAAUAUUAUCGUGUGUUUUGAUGAAUAAACCCCUCCCGCAAUGGCUUCCCGGUCGAACUCAAGUUGCUAUUAAUACCAACCUUUACGAACAACAAAUUCAAGAUACACCGACAACCGUAUUAGCAUUGCGAACACUAGGUACAUUCAAUUUUGAAGGUCACAGCCUGUUGCCGUUUGUUCAACGCUGUGCAGAUCAUUUUCUAGUCAGUGAACAACAGGAAAUUCGUAUCGAAGCAGUUCAAACAUGUACAUUGUUGCUGAAAUUGGCUUUGCAAUCGGUAGAUUCAGCAGAUGGAUCGGAAACACUCACUCAAACUGUCGGAAACGUGCUGGAGAAAAUUUUAAUCGUAGGUAUCACGGAUGUAGACCCUAACGUACGUCUGCGUGUACUGAAAUCAUUGGACGAAAGUUUCGACUCACAACUGGCUCAGCCAUGGUUUUUGAGCUCGCUUCUCAUCACCAUGAACGACGAGGUGUUUGAGAUUCGGGAACUAGCCAUAGUUAUUAUCGGACGUUUGUCUGCGAUCAAUCCUGCAUAUGUAAUGCCUAGUUUAAGAAAAACUAUGGUCCAGAUAUUGACAGAGUUAGAGCACUCCGGAAUGAGUCGAAAUAAGGAACAAAGUGCUCGAAUGUUGGAUCAUUUGAUUGUAAGCACUCCUAGAUUGAUUUCUUCGUACAUGACUCCAAUAUUAACUAUCCUGGUACCAAAAUUGAAGGAGCCAGAAUCUAAUCCAGGAGUGGUGUUGAAUGUGUUGCGUGCGAUUGGCGAUCUGGCUGAGGUCAAUGGAGGCCAUCAAGUGUUGGAGAAGUGGUCUGACGAGCUGCUUGCUACUUUACUAGAAAUGUUGAGCGAUUCUGGAUCUACCGAAAAGAGAGCUGUUGCUUUAUGGACCUUAGGACAAUUGGUCAGCGCUACAGGUCAAGCGGUCUCUCCCUAUCACAAAUAUCCCAACUUAAUUGAUAUUUUGAUUAAUUUCUUGAAAACUGAACAACAAUCCUACGUCAGACGAGAAACGAUCAGGGUGCUAGGCCUCCUGGGUGCCCUAGAUCCUUAUAAGCACAAAAUGAACCGUGGUUUAAUCGAUAGCCAAACGAACAAUAUGCUAAUUUCGAUCAACGAUACGAAAACUGACGAAUAUGCCGAUUUAUCAACGUCAGAAAUGCUUAUCAAUAUGAAUAAUCAACUAGAAGAAUACUAUCCAGCAGUAGCUAUUUCAACUUUAAUGAAAAUUCUGCGAGAUCCAACUUUAUCUCAUCAUCACAUCAGCGUAGUACAAGCUAUAACAUUUAUUUUCAAAAGCUUGGGUAUAAAAUGUGUUCCGUACUUAUCCCAAGUGUUGCCAAGCCUUCUUGGAAAUAUCAUGAACGCUGACAUGAACCUCAAAGAGUUCCUCUUCCAACAACUGUCGAUUUUGAUUGAAAUUGUAAAGCAGCACAUUAUCAGCUUUAUGGAGGAAAUAUUCCAACUUGUGAAAACUUUUUGGAACAGUACCUAUCCACUACAAUCGACUUUGAUCAAUCUUAUCGAAAAGAUAGCGAUCGCACUGGGGUGUGAAUUUAAAAUUUACCUUCCUCAACUGAUGCCCCAAAUUUUGCGUGUUUUAUUACACGACAAUUCAACUAAUCGCACAGUUACAGUCAAACUGCUAACUGCACUGCAAAAAUUCGGUAACAACCUGGACGACUAUCUGCAUUUGAUUAUACCUGCAAUUGUAAAACUGUUCGAGCCAAUUGAAGUUCCUUUUGCAGUCUCCCUGGCCGCUCUGGAAACAAUCAACUACCUUGCCGAAAUUCUUGACUUUACUGAUUUCUCCUCACGCAUCAUCCAUCCCCUGGUACGUGUUCUCGAUAAUCACCCAGUUCAAUUGCAAACAGCAGCUUUGCAAACGCUUUGCUCUAUCAUGAUUCAACUGGGUAAAAAAUAUCUGGUUUUUGUUCCUCUGGUCAAUCGAGUUAUGAUCAAGCACAAAAUUUCUUACACUGAAUACAACAAACUGCUAACCAAACUUCAAAGCAGCACAACUUUAGCACUGGAUGACGAGUUUAGAUUGCGCCAGGCCCGUUCCCGCAAUCGAGAAAUGCCCAUGCCUGGAGAUACCACUAUUCGAAAGCUAAACGUUUCCACAGCUGAUCUGCAAACGGCAUUUAAAGCUAAUCGGCGCGUUUCAAAAGAUGAUUGGUUGGAAUGGCUUCGCCGACUAAGCAUCGGCCUGCUAAAGGAAUCUAAAAGUCCAGCUUUGCGUUCCUGCAGAACUUUGGCUCAAAACUACCCGCAGCUGUUGAAAGACCUCUUCAACGCUGCCUUUGUUAGCUGCUGGACCGAUUUACCGGAGAGUUUGAAGGAAGAACUUUCGUCAAGUCUACAGCAGGCAUUGAUGGUUCCGGACUUGCCUGAAAUAACUCAAACUAUUCUGAAUUUGGCUGAAUUCAUGGAACAUUGUGAAAAUGGAUGGGCGCUCAAGAUCCAGCCGAAGGUGCUCGGAGAACGUGCCAUGGAGAGUCGGGCCUACGCGAAAGCCCUGCAUUAUAAGGAGGAAGAAUUCCACAAUAUGAAGGAAAAAGAUCAGAGUGUUUUUGAAUCGUUGAUUUUAAUCAACAACAAGCUGCAACAAAAGGAGGCUGCCGAAGGUCUCUUGGAGUACGCAAUGAGACAUCGCAGCGCUUCGGAAGAGAUGAAAGUGCAGGUUCGAUGGUAUGAGAAACUACAUAGCUGGGGUCAAGCAUUAAGUUUGUACGAAGACAAAUUAGCAAGUAAUGAAAGCGAUUUGGAAUCACGAUUGGGACAGAUGCGCUGCUUGGAAGCGCUUGGAGAGUGGUCAACACUAAAUGCUUUAACUAAAGAUAAAUGGGAAUCUUUGGGAACAGAAGGUCGUACAAAAGCAGGUAGAUUGGCAGCAGCUGCCGCUUGGGGUCUUAAAGACUGGGAAGGAAUGCAAGAGUUUGUGAAGUUUAUACCGGAAGAAACACAGGACGGCUCGUUUUACAGGGCAGUGCUGGCCGUACAUCAUGGGGAAUAUGAGAUUGCACAAACGCUAAUCGACGAAACACGCGAUCUGUUGGAUACGGAGCUGACUGCAAUGGCAGGAGAAUCCUAUGAACGUGCCUAUGGAGCAAUGGUUUGCGUUCAGAUGUUGGCGGAGCUGGAAGAAGUAAUCCAAUUUAAAUUAAUUCCUGAGCGGCAGGAAACUAUCAAAAAGAUGUGGUGGGAGCGAUUGCUUGGAGGUCAGCGUCUAGUAGAAGAUUGGCAGAGAAUUUUACAGAUUCAUUCGUUGGUUGUUCAUCCAGCAAAUGAUGUUCGAACAUGGCUUAAAUUUGCCUCUUUGUGUCGCAAGAGCGGGUCGUUAAAAUUAUCUGAAAAAACAUUGAUCAUGCUACUUCGAUACAAUCCUUCAGAAUACCCAGAACAUCCGCUAGAAUAUGCAGAACCCGAUAUAAGUUUUGCCUAUGCAAAGCACCUUUGGACUGCUGGAAAACGCUCUGAAGCAUACGACCAAUUGAACCGUCUUGUGGGUGAUAUGAGUAUUGAAGGGAACUUCGAUGCAUCAGAAAAGGAUGAAAACCGUCGAUUGCUGGCACGAUGCUACAUGAAACUUGGUCAAUGGCAAUACCAGCUCCAUGGCUUGAAUGACCAGUACACUAAAGGUAUUUUAGCUUGUUACGAAAAAGCUACUAAGCAUGAUUCCAACUGGUACAAAGCGUGGCACUCGUGGGCGUAUAUGAAUUUUGAAGUUGUACAGAAUCAAAAGCAACACGAAGAUCUCUUGAAAAAUCCUGGAGGAGACAAGGAGAAAUGUAUGAUUCGCCAAUACGCUGUGCCUGCGGUUCAAGGAUUCUUCAGAUCGAUUAACUUAUCCCAAGGAAAUUCGCUUCAAGAUACUUUACGACUGCUGACCUUAUGGUUCGAUUAUGGUCAAUACCCUAAAGUGUUCGACGCUUUGAUCGAAGGAAUGCGGAUGAUCGAGAUUAACACCUGGUUGCAGGUUAUUCCUCAACUUAUCGCCCGAAUUGACACUCCGCGUAACUUGGUGGGUGAACUAAUCCAUCAGCUAUUGAACGAUAUAGGCAAAUGUCACCCGCAAGCAUUGGUUUACCCGCUGACAGUAGCGUCUAAUUCGGCCUCCAGUGCCCGACGACAAGCUGCCCACAAAAUACUCGGAUCAAUGGGUGAACACUCGCCCACUCUUGUUACCCAGGCCAUAAUGUGCAGUGAGGAACUGAUCCGUGUGGCUAUUCUUUGGCACGAACAGUGGCACGAAGGCUUGGAGGAAGCUUCGCGGUUGUACUUCGGCGAACGUAACAUUAAAGGGAUGUUUGAAACGCUGGAACCACUGCAUCAAAUGUUGCAACGGGGACCGGAAACCCUCAAAGAAACUUCAUUUAAUCAAGCGUACGGUCGAGAUUUGAACGAAGCGCAGGAAUGGUGCAGACAUUAUAAGAAUUCUGGUAACAUACGUGAUCUAAACCAAGCUUGGGAUUUAUAUUAUCACGUGUUCCGACGCAUAUCGCGACAAUUGCCUCAAUUAACCUCGCUUGAACUGCAGUACGUUAGUCCAAAACUAUUAGCUUGUCGUGAUUUAGAAUUGGCUGUGCCUGGGAGCUACGCCCCCGGUCAUGAACUGAUUCGCAUUGCCAGCAUACAGUCGAAUCUACAGGUAAUUACCUCAAAACAACGACCGAGAAAACUAUGCAUCCGUGGUUCCAAUGGUAAAGAAUACAUGUUCUUGCUCAAAGGACACGAAGAUUUGCGUCAAGAUGAACGGGUUAUGCAAUUAUUUGGCUUAGUCAACACACUUCUACUCAACGAUCCUGAUACGUUCCGCAGAAAUCUAACCAUCCAAAGGUACGCUGUUAUUCCGCUGAGUACCAACUCCGGUCUCAUUGGAUGGGUACCACAUUGUGACACACUUCACACUCUGAUCCGUGACUAUCGCGAUAAAAAGAAAACUGUUCUAAACAUCGAACACCGGAUUAUGUUACGCAUGGCGCCGGACUACGAUCACCUGACACUGAUGCAAAAGGUAGAAGUAUUCGAAUAUGCAUUGGAACUGACCAAAGGCGAUGAUCUGGCAAAGCUCCUCUGGCUCAAAAGCCCAUCGUCUGAGGUUUGGUUCGAUCGUCGAACAAACUACACAAGAUCACUAGCGGUCAUGUCUAUGGUUGGAUACAUCCUCGGAUUGGGCGAUCGCCAUCCGUCGAACUUGAUGUUGGAUAGACUUAGCGGCAAAAUUCUUCACAUAGAUUUCGGAGAUUGUUUCGAGGUGGCAAUGACUCGGGAAAAAUUCCCAGAAAAAAUUCCUUUCCGAUUGACCCGUAUGCUCAUAAACGCGAUGGAAGUCACCGGAAUCGAAGGUACCUAUCGGCGAACAUGCGAAAGUGUUAUGCACGUGCUGCGUCGUAACAAAGACAGUUUGAUGGCUGUCCUCGAAGCCUUUGUUUACGAUCCGUUGCUCAACUGGCGCCUGUUAGAUGCGGACAAGAAUCGACGAUCCAAAAAUGCAACGGAUGUGGAAAGCACUGCUGAAAGUAUGGAAGAAACGCUCGAUCUUUUGGCAAUCAACGCACGAAAUCUACGGAUGACUGAAGCAGCCAAUAAUGCUGGCGGAGAUCAGCCGGAUCAAGGUAGCAACUGCGUUGUGAAUCCUGCCGAAGCCACCAACAUAAAGGCGCGUGCUAUCGUCGACAGAGUCAAACAAAAGUUAACUGGUAAGGACUUUAAGACCAAAGAUCCGGAAGAGGUACCGCGGCAGAUUGAUUUGCUGAUUCGUCAAGCUACCAAUAACGAAAAUCUGUGCCAGUGCUACAUUGGAUGGUGUCCGUUUUGGUAAAUCACUGAUGCUUGACGAUUGUAUAUAGUUUGUUGACUUGUAUAUUUCAUAUUCCGUUUCGCUGUACGGAGUGGUUAUGUUCAAAGAAGUUUUUCAUAAUGUUGCUUAAUGAACCAAUUUCUGCAAGCAAUGGAUCUUAGAAAGUAAUUCAAUAUGCCCAGCCUAUUUACGUUUUCGAUAUAAGAACUAUGAUACCUACCUAAGGGUCCGGCGCCGAUUGUCCGACGCAUAGGGCUGAGAUAAAAUCCAUGGACGAAAAAAAAUUACAAGCAGUUCGCAAUGAUAUAAGUUAAAAAUCAAAUUUACCGACAAGCUUUGAAUAAAGAUAGUCCCCCCAAAAA